GGGUGCAAUCGUUAAAACAGUACGGGCUAUCGUGUAUUGAGAUUAGUCCUAUCCAUCUCCUGAAUCUAAGAAUAGAGCAUCCAUGCGUGUUUAGCUUCACAUGAUUUAUGAAGAUCUCGAACUUCAAGGACUGGCUGUCAUAUUAUAUUUCAAAUGCACAACUCUACAGCCGCGUGUUGGCUUUCGGGGAAAGGUUUAAAGGUGCACUUACUCGUAUGAGAAGGUAAAUCACCAGGCUAGUUACAAUUACGCUAUGUACAGACAGGUCCAAAUUGCGCUGUCAGUCUCAUAUUCGUAGAUUUCUCACAGGACCCGGUUAAGACUUCAUGAUGUGGGCUACGAAGACACUCCUCUCAUUCCAUUUUGCACAAAGCCACUCACCGCUUUUUAGUCAAUACAAAGCUACGUUACAUAAUUUUGGAGGAGUCCUUUUCUUUAUCAUCAAACUCAACGACUAAGGAUAAACUAACGUUAGAAUUUUGGCUAAAAGUCACUUCGGCUGGACGUGGAGUGGAAUUUUCCUAGCCCCUCUAAUUCCGAAGGUAUUUCGCUAAUAUAAACAGGAAGAGCACAUGCCAUAGAAGUCGUCCACGGAAAGUAUAUUAAUUUAUUUGCGAUUUGUAUGAACUGCUGGGAAAAUUAGUCGUCACGGGUUGAUCUAAACGGACACUGGCGCCACGCAGAUAAGUUCCCUGCGCUACCGACACCGUGCUUAGAUCAAUUGCAAAGCAGUGAAAAAAGGACACGUUGCCUGUUUCGAUUCAACUCUUGCAUUCUAAGGAUAUGAAGGAUGGACCGGAGAAAGAAUUUAACUUGAUUUCGAUUGAAGCUGAAGGUUGCGGCCUUCCCACCCGCUCUCGUCCUCCACGCCCCUGGUUGGUGCAGACAGGAAGGAUGGGGUAAGGUCCUGGUGUGUGGGACUGGAAGGACAGAGAGCUAGAGCCCAUCUAUCAGGACCAGAGCUGCAGGCCUCCCUCCCCCUUUGUCCUCCUCCAAGCAGGUGAGAGGCGAAGACAUGCAUGUGGCACGGAGGAAGGCGAAGGUGCUGGGGGUGAUGAUGGUGAACCUGUUCAUCUUCAUUUUGGUGGAGGUGUCGCGGAACAGCGGCCAGGACAAGGGCGGCAGCAACAAGGUCAUCGUGCCCACCAAGAGGUUCUGGAAAAAGCAGGUGGCCAGUGAGGCCUACUGGAACCGGGAGCAGCAGAAGCUGGACUACAUCUACAACCCCAUACUGACGGUGGAGAACGGCUCCAGUACUGAGCUGCCGGAAUGGCUCAAUGACACAAGCCGCUUGGACUCCUGCAAUCCGGACUUCAGCGUCACCACCCAGUUGAAGGAUUACAACUCUCUGCCCGGCCGUUUCAAGGACUUCCUGCUCUACAUGAGGUGCAGGUCCUACCCCAUGGUGGUGGACCAGCCCCACAUAUGCAAAGACAAGCCCUUCUUGCUUCUGGCUAUCAAGUCGCUGGCGCCCCACUUUGACCGACGGCAAGCAAUUCGGGAGUCUUGGGGACGGGCUGGCCAACUGGCCAACCGCACGGUGGUCACCGUGUUCCUGCUCGGCAAUGCCACCGCCGUGGACCACUUCCCCGACCUGUCGGACAUGCUGCGGUUCGAGAGCGCCGCGCACCGCGACCUCCUGGUGUGGGACUACAGGGACUCCUUCUUCAACCUCACCGUCAAGGAGGUGCUGUUCCUGGAGUGGCUCGACCACCACUGCGCCGGGGCCACGUUCGUCUUCAAGGGCGACGACGACGUCUUCGUCAACACCCAUCGCAUCCUGGACUUCCUGAAGGGCCUGGCACCAGCCAAGGCCAAGGACCUGUUCAUCGGAGACGUGAUCACCAACGCUGGCCCGCACCGCAACAAGAAGCUCAAGUACUUCAUCCCCGAGAGCAUGUUUGUGGGACAGUACCCGCCCUACGCGGGGGGCGGGGGGUUCCUCUACUCCGGGGACGUGGCGCUGCGCUUGCACAGAGUCUCCCGGCGGGUUUCGCUCUUCCCCAUCGACGACGUCUACACGGGCAUGUGCCUGAAGAAGCUGGGUCUGGUCCCAGAGAAGCACAAGGGCUUCAGGACCUUUGACAUCGAGGAGAAGUACAGGAACAACCCCUGUGCGUACAAGAGCCUGAUGCUGGUCCACAGCAGGACUCCACAGGACAUGAUCAAAAUCUGGAACUGGCUCAUUGACCCUGGUCUGAGCUGUCAAUAAGUGUGGACUGGGACCUGAGAUCUGAGAUGCAUAACACUUUGCAUGUGUAAGAGGACUUUGUAGUAACUCUGUGUCCUGCCCAUCCUGUCCUAUGCACCGAGCUCCUCUGAAAACAGCUACGUCACAAUGCAUAGCUGGCCGAGCUCCAUUUUCUCUCUGUGUGGCAAAUGGGCGAGAUCAGGUAAUCUCCAAGGAGCCUGGGGAUGGAAUCAAGACCGGAGUCUCACAUCGAGCAAACGAGCUUAUCCAUGGUGUUGGCCAGGACAGGGUUCAGUUUCUUUUGUUUAUAUUAUAUAUUGUUCACUUUUCACUUUUUAUUGUGAAGAGGCUGGCUAAGAUUUUGGCAGCUGAAUUAUCCUACGUUUGGUUGUUGUUGUUGUUUGUUAUUUUGCUUUUAAUGCUGAGCUGACUUCAUCCUUUCAUGACUCAUAAGGGCUCAGACAAUGGGUGAUCUGAUACUACUGUUUGGCUCCAAAAUGUUGAGUGUAUAUCGUGUGAGGUUUCACACUUAACCUGAGGUGCUUAAUCUGGUUAUUUGUUACAGGGUUAUUGCCCUUUGUACUUGACCUUUAAAGCAAACUAUUUAUGACAAUGUGUACAUUUCAGAUAGACAACACUGUUUUAAACA